AUGUUUAGGCCUAACGAUGGAGCGGGAGGAAACACAAAUUUCCUUGGACCCCACCUAGCGGGGGUUCAUUCCGUCCCCCCAGAAUCCCCGAACAUGUUUGAUUCGUUUGCGAAAUAUAAAAUGUUCACCCCCUUUAUUAUUCUCUACUUCACCGUAAUUUAUCUCUUGAGUGCCCUCCGCAACGGAUGCAUGCUGGUCUUCAACAAAGGUUGCGACCAGUUAAGGAAGCUCUACGGGUCACCAGUGGAAAAGGACAAAGGAAUGACCAACAAAAGAUGGUACUCGUAUGGAGACACUUACGGAAGUCAGCAUUCAAAUAGCCCCAAUAUGAUGAAUGCAGACGCAUCUAAAGGGAAAGUAAAGGAAAAGUCACAGAAUGGGAGUAAAAAAACGGAAAAAAAAGUGCCCGUUCUGUAUGGCCUACUGGACGAAGAGCAGGGAAGUAGCCUCCGGAUAAAAUCUGGCCAACUGUACAAAGGAAUGAACCAAUUUAGCAAUCAAAGGAAUAGUCAGCUGGACGAAGAAUAUGAUGACGAUGAUGUCUCAGAUGAUGAUUCAGACGUCGAAUUAGAAGAUGACUUCUACGAUGACGACUACGAUAUUUUCGACUCUGACAGCGAGGAUUACGACCCAGGCAUCAGCAAAGCAAUAAACAAGAGGAGGAAGAGGCGAGUAAAAAAAUUGAUAAAAAAAGAAGUAAAAAAAGAGGUAAACAAAGAUGUAAGAACAGAGGUACAGAAUGAACUAAAGGAAUUUGUGAAAAACGAAAUGAAAAAAAAAGUGCUCGAUGAAUUGAUUAAUCAACUUAAUACGAAAGCAAUGGAAACAACGGAGGAGAAUAGCGAAACUUCAAAACUGGCACUCAACCUGCAGCUACUCCAAGCAAUUCUACAGGAUGAGAUCGCCAAUCGUGUGCAACCUAACACACAUUCGAACGAUCUAUCUCAAUUAAAUCUCCAACUCAUUGACGCGGAAAAUAAACAUACAGAAAUAAAAAACGAACAGGAGCAAAAAGUUACUCAACUGGAACAGGUAGAAGAAGAAAUGAAUCAAAUCCAAAAACAAAUUGAAAAUGUGAAGCAUAAAAGGAACAUUUAUGUGCACCCCAAUGAAGAGUACAGACAGCUGCUGUUUCUGUAUCCACAAAAUAAAAUGUUCCAGGAGGAGGAAAAAACAGCGCUCCUUUUGGAAUUGGAAAAGAAAUAUAAAAUCAAAGUGGAAGAGAAGGAAAAUCUGCUCAAGCAGAUGAAGGAAAUGCAGAAUGAACUGCAGCGCGCUAGCGACGAUGUGGAUGUCCUGCGCGCAAGUGUUAAAGUAAUGGAGAGGAAAGAAAAAUCUAAUGGCAAAGUAAACCAGCCCUUCGGCCACCAUCCUCCAUGGGUGGAAGCCGAAGAGCAAGUCAAACCGCAGGUACAUACGCAAACCAAUGCGGAUACCAAAGCGGAUGCCAAAGCGGACGCCAAAAUGGAACAGUACCUACCAAAUAUACAGGACAUGUUAAACCUACCGCAGCUAUCGCAAACACCACCCCUAACAUCGCUAUCGACCCCGUGGAAAGGAGCACCCCCCCUUCCGUCGUGGGUAGAGAAUUUGCCAGAACCCGUCAAAAUGGCAGUUCUAGCGGAUUUACAGCAAAAACUUAAAGUGAUGGAAUCCAAAAUACACUCAGAAGGAGAUCAGAUAGAACAAAAUGUGAGCUGCGUCUACUGA